GAAAGACGAAAAUGCAAAUGGAAAUUAGGCGAAGGGAAGGAAUAAAAUGUUAAUAGUAGGAAGCUAUAAAAGACUUUUCCUGUGGUUGGUUGUAUUAUAUAAACACACACGUCCAAUACCUAGACAUCUCUCUGUCUCUACUAGUAUCUUUUGUGUUCGGAUCGAGGGUUACCUGCAAUCUAGGGCACACAUUCUCCAGAUCAUGACUAUUCCUGAUCUCGGUGAUAUGUUGAUGGAUAACGGAUCUUUAAUUGCUGAACAAGAGAGGCAGAUUAUUCAUGAUUUAACUCUCAAAUCCCAGUCCAACAAACCAGGCAACUUGUUCUUUCUCAUUUCCAAUAGAUGGUUUACUGAAUGGAAGAAGUAUGCUGGAUUUGGUGCUUAUCCAUAUGACGAAGUUUUACCAGAGCCUCAUAUUUCAAUCUCAAAUGCUGCAGAUAGACCAGGACCGAUUGAUAAUUGCAAUAUAGUUGCUAAUGGGAGUAACUGUGAGGGUGAAGACCUUCAGUUGCUUGACAACCUUGAGGAACAACGUGAUUAUGUUGUAGUAUCUCAGGAUGUUUGGGAGAAACUUUUUGAUUGGUACAAAGGAGGACCUGUAAUACCCAGGAAGAUGAUUUCAGUUGGUGUUCGGCAGGAAUUAGUUGUGGAGGUAUACCCAUUAUGCCUGAAGUUGAUUGAUGCUGGAGAUAAAAGUGAGUCAACUAUAAGGAUAAGUAAAAAGGCUUCUUUGCAUGAGCUCUACGAAAGGGUGGGUUCACUCAAGGAGACUGAUCCAGGAAAGGUACGAAUAUGGGAUUAUUUUAAUAAUUUGAAGCACACAUUAUUGGAAGAUUCAACGAAAACCUUGGAGGAAUCUAACUUGCAGAUGAACCAAUGUAUUCUUCUAGAGCGGCAAGUUGAUGGAAUUCUUCCCACUGGUUUUGGCAUGGAUUCUACUGGGAAUGAGUUGGCAUUGAUUCCUAUUGAACCCUUGAGAUCAUCUUUGACAAUUGCUGGGGGCCCCACUUUGUCCAAUGGUAAUUCAACGGGUUAUAGUUCAAGUUUGCAUCAGGGAAGUAGUUUAAGUUCAGUAUUAACUGACAUGGAAGAUACUUCCAACAAUAUAAAGCCUGUAUUGAAAGGAAAUGGUGGAGGUUUGGCAGGGCUGCAGAAUUUGGGAAAUACAUGUUUUAUGAAUAGUUCACUUCAGUGUUUAGUCCAUACUCCACCCCUUGUUAAAUACUUCUUGGAAGAUUAUACUGAUGAGAUCAACAAGAAAAAUCCCCUGGGAAUGCAUGGUGAGCUUGCAAUUGCUUUUGGUGAAUUGUUGAGAAAAAUCUGGUCUUCUGGGCGGACAUCAAUUGCCCCACGUGAAUUUAAAGGAAAACUUGGUCGAUUUGCUCCCCAGUUUAGUGGGUACAACCAGCAUGAUUCUCAAGAACUCCUUGCCUUCUUGCUGGAUGGGUUGCAUGAAGAUUUGAAUCGUGUGAAACAAAAGCCUUAUAUCGAACUAAAGGAUUGCGAUGGUCGUCCUGAUGAGGAAGUUGCAGAUGAGUACUGGAGAUACCACAAGGCCAGGAAUGAUUCGAUAAUUGUCGACGUCUGCCAGGGUCAAUAUAAGUCAACUCUGGUUUGCCCAGAUUGCAAAAAGAUUUCAAUUGCAUUUGAUCCGUUCAUGUACUUGUCUUUGCCAUUACCCUCAACUGCUACACGGACAAUGACUGUAUCUGUAUUUUAUGGCGAUGGUAGUGGUCUUCCAAUGCCAUACUCUGUCACUGUUUUAAAGAAUGGUGCUUGCAAAGAUCUCAAAUUAGCGGUAUCUUCUGCAUGUUGCUUAAAGGACGAUGAAGACUUGCUGCUUGCAGAGGUCUAUGAACAUACAAUAUAUCGAUACCUAGAAGUCCCUUUGGAAUCAUUGUCUUCCAUUAAAGACAAUGAACACAUUGUUGCCUACAGGCAUCCCAAAACAAGUUCAGAUGCGACAAAACUGGAAAUAUGCCACCGCUACCUAGAUAAAUGUUCACCAGACAAUCUCAAGGUUGGAGAGUGGAAGCUUUUCUUGGCCCCCCUCGUUAGUUAUGUCAAAGGCAUAGAAAGUGGUGCCGAUAUAGAUCUUGCUGUGAACAGAUUGCUUUCUCCCUUGAGAAGGAAAGCAUUUGCGUCUUCAACAAAAGAUAGCCAGGAAAAAGUUGGCUCUACCUCAGGGGAUGAGGAUCAUCAAUCUAUGAAAGAGGUGGACAUGGAGGACAUAUCAAGCAAGGAGCUAUCAUUCCGCCUCUGCUUAACUGAUGAUAGGGGUUUGUCCUGCAGACCUAUUGCAAAGGAUUCACCUAUAAAACCUGGCAGAUCGGUUAAGGUAAUGCUGGAUUGGACUGAAAAAGAGCAUGAGUUUUAUGACGCGAGCUACCUUAAGGAUCUUCCUGAGGUGCAUAAGACGGGGCCAGCUGUCAAGAAAACCCGACCAGAAGCUAUCUCCUUAUUUUCGUGUUUGGAUGCAUUUCUGAAGGAGGAACCUUUAGGGCCUGAUGAUAUGUGGUACUGCCCUCGUUGUAAGAAGCAUAGGCAAGCAACCAAGAAGUUAGACUUGUGGAGAUUACCAGAGAUACUCGUGUUUCACUUGAAGCGGUUCUCAUAUAGCAGAUAUUUAAAGAACAAACUUGACACCUUCGUUAAUUUUCCAGUUCACGGUCUUGAUUUAGGCAAAUAUAUGAAAACUAAGGAUGCCUCUGGACAAUCUUAUGUUUACGAGUUGUAUGCCGUCAGCAACCAUUAUGGUGGCCUUGGUGGUGGCCAUUACUCUGCUUACUCUAAGCUAAUUGAUGACGAUAGAUGGUAUCACUUUGAUGAUUCCCAUGUUUCCCCUGUUAGUGAAGCCGACAUCAGGACAUCUGCUGCUUAUGUUUUGUUUUACCGAAGAGUAAAAGUGGAAUCGGCUGGAGUUGGUGAGCCGUCCAGGUCUCACGGCAUUUCUUAAGCGCAUAUCCAGGCAUUGCUAUAUGAUUGUGCCAUUACCAUCUAGUGCCAUGCUUUUACGAAGCUGACAUCACUAUAUUCUGCCUUGGUGCUGGUGGGGGUUGUGUUGGAUAACACUCCUAUAUUAAGUUUGUCCUUGCUUAUGGAAACAGAAAAGAGUGCAAAUUAAAAUGGCGAAGAGGCUUUCACUAGCAUUGAUAUGAACAUAUUGGCAAUUUGGAAAUUUUUUUUGAUGCUGCAAGGUAACUAGUCAAACAAAUGUGCCAAUAUUAGGUUGUUAACUCUGAGCUUUACAGUUUCACAUGAUUGAGUGUACUGCAAAGCAUGUAUCUGAGCUGAAUUUCUUGUAUUUGUUUUAUGUAAGCCAGUAUCAGAACGAUUCCCCAAGAAUUUGACUGGUAUUUUUUUUUUA